CCGCUCCACACUAGAUGAGCAGCAGAGCUCUCCUAACUUAGAGGAGUAUGCUGAUAUUAUUACACCACGGUGAAGGAAAGAGAUCACAGAGCAACAAGGAUAUUCUGCUGCCUCAGCCAGAGCACCUUCUCACACCAGACUGGGAAACUGUAUCUCUCACACUGUCAUCAGUGCUGUUGUUCUUUCUCCUGAUUCACCCGCUCAUUUAGCGACUUACCUCUGAGGAUUUGUUGGAUUUGAGAAACAGCUCGAGGCUUGACUCGAUAGAAGUUGAGAAAGCAGAUUUCAGCGGCCUCGCCUCAGGCUCUGUUUGUGACACUACUUAACAAAGAGCUGUGUUGAGAGAAGCCCAGAGUGGAGCCCAGAUCCUGUUGUGGGCUAAUUAAAUCCCCCCCACCAUCACCGACACCCCCUGCCUUCCCUCCUCUGGUGGACCAGAAAAACACAGAACUCUGAGCGGGACAGCGUCCCCGCCUGCCUCCUCAUGCUCCUUCAGGUGGAGCGGAGGGCUGGGCCAGCACACUCAGCCUGCCGGCCGGGGUCACGCACUCCGUGACGGGGAUGGCGUUCCAGAGGAGGCUGGUUCUUGGCGUGUUGACGGUCUGCUCCCUGCUGUGUGUCUACAUCCUGUGUGUGAACCUGCAGGGGCCUCAGUCCUGGUCCUUAGUGCCUGUGGGACGCUUCCAUGUCUUCACACAGGGGAGGAGCAGCGGCUCACAAGACUCUGAGGAGCCUCUUGACAGAAAGAGCAAGAGUGACCAUUGGGGCCAUCCGCCCUCCACCUCCACCUUUCACCCAGAGCUCUCCUCUGGAACAGUUCUGGAUGAGCACACAGGUGCCACACAGACUCCAACUUUAAACCCUCAAACAUCCAAGGCCGCUGAACAGCAGAAGCCAGCAGGGAGCAAAGUCCAGGAUGUCUCAAAGUCCACCACCAGCCCUGAUGGUGUGGGUAGAACUAGGACUAGUGCCAAACCCCCUGCACUGCACACCCCCCAGCCCACGCAGGCAGCCGGACCAACAGAGCCUCCCUUCAUCGGAGACACUUACAUGAGUGAAGACGUCCCUCCACAAACAGACUGCCCAGACGGCAUCCGCAGUCAGGUUGCACAAACUGAAUUUGGGGGGAGGUUUCUGCAACAUGUUCCGGUCCUGCAGUGGGCCAAACACGCAACCCGUGAACAACACCAGCGCCUCAGCAAGUACCCAGGAGCGCACGGCUGGGAGGGGAUCGAUUACAAAACUCUGGUGGAAACUCUCUCCGUCCUCAACUUCACUGCUAACUGGCAGAUGUUGGACGACUGGAGGGAUCGCAGCAAUGACUCAAAGUGUAUCCACUGUGCUGUGGUGGGGAACGGAGGGAUACUGAAGGACUCAAAGAAAGGGGAAGAGAUCGACAGUCAUCACUAUGUCUUCAGGACCAACGGAGCGAUCAUCAAGGGCUUUGAGCAGGACGUGGGGUCUCGAACCACCCACUACACCUUCUCCACCAACACGUUAAUGAACUCCAUGAGGAGCUACGCAAGAGUCGGGUACAGAGGACCACCUGUGUCAAAGGAAACACGAUACGUCUUUCUGCCUGAUCACGACCGUGAUUACCUGCUGAUGAAGGCUGCAGCCACGCACACUGCAGUGGAGAGAGGGCCUGAGACAGCCAAAGACCCUCUGAAGUUCUUUGGAGAGGAUGUGUCGGCUGAGAAGCUGAAGAUGUACCACCCAGAUUUCAUCCGUUACCUCAGAAACAGAUUCCUCCGAUCGAAUGCUCUGAAAACCAAAUACAAGGACAUUUACCGUCCAUCAACGGGGGCUGUGAUGCUGCUGGCUGCACUGCACACCUGCGACCAGGUGAGUGCGUACGGCUUCAUGACCCCAGACUAUAAGAACUACUCUGACCACUAUUACGACAGCAGCUACCACCCUGUGGGCUUCUUCAUCAACCACGACCUGCGCAUGGAGAUGUCCCUGUGGCAGCAGCUGCAGCAGGCGGGCCUCAUACGACUCUACAUGCACAAGUGAAUUCACGUGGACCACAAGUGAGCGUCGCCCUGUGUGCACACGUGAAUGUGAGGAUACAGGAAGUCCAAACAAAGACUACCCUGCCUGCAUUGUUUCAAAAAUGACUCUCUGAACUGAGCAAAACAAACACGUGGCAGAAGUUUUCUUUUUAUGAAGGAAACAAGAAUUCUUCUUCUUUUUUUUAAUGACAGCUGCUGUGAUUGUUGAGGAAGCAGAUUUAGUUUUAUUUAUCAACAAAGUGUUUGUUUAAAACUUUUAAUUUAAACAUUUAAUUUUCCCAGAAACAUGGUUUUGGUGAUUUGUAGUUUGAAUACGACCAGACAUCUGCAUUGUUUGUCAGACAGUUGACCCCUUGUCAUUGAAAUAUUCAUGGUCCCCAGAGGAUGACUCUGGUGAUCCAUUGACUUUUUAUCUAGCGCCACCGACAGGUCAAAGUUUUCACUUAACCAGUGAAAUACCUCCGCACAAAGCAGAUGGAUUGGCACAACAUUUUAUGAAGACAUGCAGGUCCCCAGAUGAGGAAGUUAUGAGUUUGAUCAGGUUUCAGUUUCAUCAGGUCAGACACAUUUAUAACCACAGCUCACAACAAUUGCAUCAGCCUCAGCUUUACUUUAUAUUUAUUGCUAAUUAGCAAAUGUUAGCAUGCUAAGAGAUGAAGAUUUGACCUGCUAAACAACAGCUUAUUAGCAUUUUGACAAUGCUAAUGUUAGCAUAUAGCUUAAAGCACUGCUGCAUUUUAUUGAUCUGAGUCAUGAGCAGCUGAGUGGGAAAAAUCGUGACAAUAUCUCCUGCACCGUCAACACGCCGUCGUCAAAAUGGCUACGAAGCCUCCACCACUGGCUGUUCUACUGAGUUUUAAUUAGCUGAUUUAAGGAGCUAUACAGAGUCUGUUCAUGUUUGGUGGCACUGGGUUAGCAUGUAGACAUCUUCACGCUCCCCAGUGAUGUUUCCAUUCUCCCCAUUUUUCUGACAUUGUUUGAAAGCACCACGGGAAAGAAGUUGUCAGUGCGCUUGAUCUGGUUAAUUUGAGUCAGUUCCCAUCAUUGUCCUCACUGUCCUUUUUUUAAAGGUGCAUUUAAAAGAUGAAGAGGGACUCAGGAAACCUGCUCUCAAAAGUGACAUCAGUACUGGUAGAUCACCUGUCUGAGGGCUGAAAGAGUUCUGUCGGAUUUUAUUGCACCGAGUUUUUAUUUGAACAGAUAAUGUAGAUAAUUGAUUUUUUUUAUUUAUCUCCUCUGUUCUUUUUUUUUUUUUUUUU